AUGGCUCAGUUGUCCGAUUUGCCUCUUCAGGUGAAACGUAGGACCUUGGCCUACCUAGAUUCCUCUGCCCCCUCCAACCCCACCAAAUUUCCCUCGCAAAGCAGGCGAUCUGAGCUCGGCCUCUAUGCCUCCGUCUCGCGCGAAUGGCAACUUUUCUUCGAAGAUCGGCUAUAUGCCCAUUUGGUAUUGACGCAACAUUGCCUAGCCAGCUUCAGCAAGCUGGUCCCUCGCCAGAGACGGUUGGUCCGUUAUGUAUGGCUUCGCAUCCUCCUCGGGCAUUAUUAUUGCUCAAAAUGCCCAGACUCUCUCAGUCUGAACGUGAUAUAUUCGGAGAUGAUUGUGUUCUCAAGAUCCAUUUCCGGUCUUUUCUGCAUCUUCAACUCAUGGGGCACAAGUCCGGGAGAUGACCUAGCCUUGGAAAUCAGCGCCUAUUCACCAUGCGAUGUGACACAUGCCGUUAAGGGAGACGAAUAUCUCAGCUCAGAUUUGGUCGAGAUGCAAGACAUGGUGUACAGUAAAAGGCUGCUAACCGACGAUCUUGCUCACGGUUGGAAAGACGGUAAACUGAUACAGAGCCAUGAUGCACACGAUUUCUAUGACAUAAGGGGUGUUCUGGGCUUCUCUAUACCCCUAAUGCCAUUUAUAAUCUCAGCCGCCCACGUGGUCACAAACUUGAUCAUUCGUCGGACGACGCGACUAUUUAUCACGGUUGCUGCGAUUCGACAGAUCCUAGAACGGCUACCCAACCUUCGCCAUUUCAUUUAUGAACCUUGGCGA